AUGGAUGAACUUGGCAGAGCUACUUCUUCGUCUGAUGGAUUUGCAAUCGCCUGGAGCUGCUGCGAGCAUCUUUUGUCACUGAAAGCGUAUACCAUAUUUGCUACUCACAUGGAGAACCUAUCAGAACUAGCAACCAUCUAUCCAAAUGUCAGGAUUGUUCACUUUCGUGUUGACAUAAAAAGCAACCGUUUGGAUUUCAAGUUUCAACUCAAGGACGGACCAAAACAUGUACCACACUAUGGCCUUCUACUAGCAGAGGUGGCUGGACUGCCGCGCUCAGUCAUUGAAAUGGCUAGAAGCAUCACUCCAAAGAUUACAGAAAAGGUGAUUUCUCUCAAGCAACUCAUUAAGGCUUCAAGUUUGAUUUCAAGGAAUAUGUUAAAUACAGUGUUGCAGUGA